AUCGCUCUGGUCCCUCGCGCGGCAGAACUACAGAAACAGAAGAGCGCAAGCACGAUCGUGGAUACGAGACAGGGCUGGGAGAUUGAGAGGGUUGACAGUGCGAUCGCAAUGAGCUCCCCGGCAUCACUGCCAGAGCUGUGGUCGGGGUCCAACCUUUCGGACGAUAUUUUAUGCUUAGGAUCUGGCCACGACUACGCAGGCCAUGAAGCUGUGGUGCGCAAUGGUAAAGCCAAUGCCAUCACGGAUGAUGACCUACUGAGUGCUUAAUCACGGCAGCGUCAGACUUGGUUGACAGUCACGGCACCAACAGUUCCUAACAUCUCCAUUUUCUUCUACUUCUUGUUUUUAGUUUUGAUUUAUUUUUCAAUUCCGUUCUUCAUGUCCUCUAUCUUACCAAGUUUGCUGCAUAUUGUGUUUGGACUCUUUCUUGUUUUUGGUUCUUCAAUAUUUUUUUCUGCAAAUAUUCUCUCGUUCGAAAAUGGGGACAACUCAGGAAGCCGUGGAAGAUUCAAGAACGGGGGGAAAGGCUAGGUUGGAUGGGUUGAGUCUUGUCUGGCAGGGGGAGAAGGCAGUGUGGCUGUGUAGGAUUAUUGGAGUUGACUGCUGGCGAUGGUUUGUGUUAUCUCAAUCAAGUCUAUUAACAAGC